AUGGAUCGCAUCCAGAGCGACAACAGCCGGGUCUCGUCAAAGUGCGAACGCUCCAAGGAGUGCCUGCGAGAACAACAAAGACUCGAGAAACCUCAGAAAAUAGAGGCUCCUGAGAAUAAUGGACAUGACCAGUUCUGGCGUCAAAAAAACCACCAAGAUAAAGUUAGCGAUCAUCACAUAAAUGCCUGUCCUCCAGUUAAAGCGCAACGGCGUAUCCAGGGCACAACUGACCUCGGAAACCUAGCAAACUCCGGAAAGCAGCUCGAACUACAAAGCCUCAAGAAACCUCCUCAGCAAAUGGAGGCUCCUGAAAAUAAUAUACAUGACCGGUUCUGUCUUCAGAAACAGCACCAAGAUAAUGUCAGCCAUCAUCACAUACAUGCGCGUCCUCCGGCUAAAGCGCAGCCGCGUAUCUGGGGCACAGCUGAACUCCAGAACCUAGAAAACUCCAAACAGCAGCUCCAACUAGCUGAUAUUAAAAGGAGCAACACAUUUCGUCAGCUCUGGGAAAACCUCAAAGAGCUACUUCCACCUCGGCACACAAGGGGCCAGUCAAGAGAAAAGUUCGUCCAGGACCUGGCCGGCUUCGAGAAAGAGUUUGGCCAGGAAGGAAAAAGGUUAAAAAUCGCCUUGCAUAGACUCGAGGCGAAACAGUUUGAUAACAAGGAAUCACUGGCCCGUGAACAGGACAAGUUUGCCAAAGAAUUGAAACACCAUGUCAAUACUCUGGACAAGUUUCGCGAGUGGCUGCGUGGCGUCUAUUCGGAGAACAAAUCCCACCGUGAGAAUUUGCAGAAGCAGCGGCUCCAGGAGACCUUGCGGAAGCAGCAACUCCAGGAGGCCUUGGAGAAGCGGCGCCUCCAAGAGAUCCUGGAGGAGAAACUCCUCCAGGGGAAUUUACAGAAUAAACUACGCCAGGAGGAUUUGCGAAAAGAGGUGCUCGAGGAGAAUUUGCGGAGGAAGCUACUCCAGGGGAAUCUGUGGAAUAGACCACGACAGGAGCAUCAGACAAGCAUGGGGCAACAUGGACGGGAGCAUCAGAAAACGCGGGAAGCUGACCAGCAGCCUGUGCAACUGAAAUCGGCUCUCAAGCGGACAAACGCGAGGACAUACGGGAACGAUCCUGUGGGCAGAGUUUAA